AUGGGUCUCAACAAACCGCUCCCCGCCCGACCCUUGCUGCUGCAUGACGAGCCUGAAAUCUCGGUCAUGUGGAGUGACUCGAGUGACAGUGACAGUGAUCACGACGACGACGACCACGACAGUAUGGCGGAAAGCGUGAGCGACCGUCGCAGCAACCCCCGCUAUUCCUCCGAGAGCUAUCCCAUCUUCGUCAGUACGGAUUCGGAUUAUGACGACGUGGUCGAUCGUCACGCCCCCGCAAACGCCCCGUCCAAUCCAGGGCCACACGUCCUCCGACCGGGUCGGAUCCACUCGCCCUCUCCACCAACCACCGUCGCUGACACCCGGUCCCGCACGGACUCGAUCCUGUCCCUGAGCCACCAGGACGCCUUGUCCGGGGAGAGCGACGACGAUUAUGAGCAAGACGAAGAAGAUGGGGAGGACGAGGAGGCAGAGAAUGGUGAAAAUGGAAGCAGCAUGUCGGCCGCCAGAUCUAUAGGACGAUCGCUGACCUCCAACUCGGAUCCCCCGUACGGUCGAUACUCUCAGUGGUCGCAGACCCGCGGGGGCACCAAUCACUACUUCCGGGAGAAGAAGUGGGAUUUCUUCCCCGAAUUGGCCCCCUCGGCCGCGCAGCCGGCCAGUCUCGUCAGCACUGGCUCCCGAGCCUCCAAGUCACGGAGGAAGGAAGGGCGGUUGAACGCGUCCCGCGGCAAGUGGCAGUCCUUGGACCGCGCCGGCUUGGGGCUCGCCUUUGGCAUGCGAGACUCCAUCAAGACGUAUGUGCACCGCACCCUCUCGCGGGACUCGGGCGAGUCCAAGGCCCGGGACAUCUUCCCUCGUCCCUCCACCGCUCCGGUCGACCAGCUCCCGACACCGGGGCAUCUCAAGACGACCGAGCAGGGCAAGUACGUGCCCAACCAUGACCUCAACGGGCAACUUCACGCACUGUCCAUCUCGACUGCUUCGGUGGGUGGCGAUUUGCCCCCGAGUCCCGCCAGUCCACGCUCAUUUCCACCUCGGCCGAAGCAACUGGCCGUUCCCAUGACCAACUAUCAGCGAUACGGGCCAGCCAUCUGGGAAUCACCCAACAAAUCCAAGAGCAAGACCUCCGUCUCCAACCCAUCCUCUCCCAUCACGGGCCAUUUCCCGGGCCCCAGUACCCUGACGCCCCCGCACUCUCCGGCCACCAAGCUCUUUUCCCAGAGCGUGCCUCGGGACGGGUUUGGUGUGCCGCACGGGAAACAUUCGGUGACGUUUACGCUCGAGGGUGCGAAGAAGAAGAUCUCCAAGGAUGAGCGGCGACGCGAGCAGCUCAAGGCUCAGAUCAAGUUGAUCGGGCCGGUGGAUCCAUACACGUGUAUGCGAUCUGAUUCCACCUGGGUGUGA